GUGCCAUUUGGUUAGUACUUUAGCGGCACGAUGUACUCUGAGUGGAGGUCCCUGCAUUUGGUGAUUCAGAAUGAUCAGGGUCAUACCAGUGUGCUGCACAGCUAUCCAGAGAGCGUUGGGCGAGAGGUCGCAAAUGCAGUGGUUCGUCCUCUUGGGCAGGCAUUAGGCACCCCUUCAGUGGCUGGUAGUGAGAGUUUGUUAAAAACUGACAAAGAAGUAAAAUGGACCAUGGAAGUAAUUUGCUAUGGACUGACCCUUCCACUGGAUGGAGAGACUGUAAAAUAUUGUGUUGAUGUGUAUACAGACUGGAUUAUGGCUUUAGUGUUGCCGAAAGAUUCUAUUCCAUUGCCAGUUAUUAAAGAGCCUAAUCUAUAUGUUCAAAGUAUACUAAAACACCUACAAAAUCUUUUUGUACCAAGACAGGAACAUGGCUCCAGUCAGACCCGACUAUGCUUACAGGUCCUGAGAGCCAUUCAGAAACUGGCCCGUGAGUCAUCCAUAAUGGCCCGAGAAACCUGGGAAGUCUUACUGUUGUUUCUUCUGCAGAUCAAUGACAUACUUCUGGCCCCACCAACUGUUCAAGGUGGCAUUGCUGAGAAUCUAGCAGAGAAGUUGAUUGGUGUUCUCUUUGAAGUUUGGUUACUAGCUUGUACUCGGUGUUUUCCAACACCUCCUUAUUGGAAAACAGCCAAGGAGAUGGUGGCUAAUUGGAGGCACCACCCAGCAGUGGUGGAGCAGUGGAGCAAGGUCAUCUGUGCACUGACUUCCAGAUUGCUACGCUUUACAUAUGGUCCUUCAUUUCCUCCAUUUAAAAUUCCUGAUGAAGAUGCUAGUCUGAUCCCUCCAGAAAUGGAUAAUGAGUGUGUUGCCCAGACAUGGUUUCGAUUUUUACAUAUGUUAAGUAAUCCCGUGGAUUUGAGUAACCCAGCCAUUAUAAGCUCUACUCCCAAAUUUCAGGAACAGUUCUUGAAUGUGAGCGGAAUGCCGCAAGAAUUAAAUCAGUAUCCCUGCCUUAAACAUCUGCCUCAAAUAUUUUUUCGUGCCAUGCGUGGAAUCAGCUGUCUUGUGGAUGCAUUCUUAGGCAUUUCUAGACCUCGAUCAGACAGUGCUCCUCCAACACCUGUGAAUAGAUUAAGCAUGCCUCAAAGUACUGCUGUCAAUACCACCCCACCACAUAACCGGAGGCACCGGGCUGUUACUGUGAAUAAGGCCACCAUGAAGACAAGCACAGUCAGUACUGCUCAUGCCUCAAAAGUCCAGCAUCAGACAUCCUCAACCUCUCCUCUGUCAAGUCCAAAUCAGACUAGUUCAGAACCCCGGCCAUUGCCUGCCCCUAGGAGACCAAAGGUUAACAGCAUCUUGAAUCUCUUUGGAUCAUGGUUAUUUGACGCAGCAUUUGUUCACUGUAAACUUCAUAAUGGGAUAAACAGAGACAGCAGCAUGACUGCCAUUACAACACAAGCUAGCAUGGAGUUUCGACGGAAAGGGUCACAAAUGUCCACAGACACCAUGGUUACCAAUCCUAUGUUUGAUGCAAGUGAAUUUCCUGAUAACUAUGAAGCAGGAAGAGCUGAGGCAUGUGGGACACUGUGUAGAAUUUUUUGUAGCAAGAAGACUGGAGAAGAGAUUCUGCCAGCUUAUUUAUCCAGAUUUUACAUGCUUUUAAUUCAAGGUUUGCAGAUAAAUGAUUAUAUAUGCCAUCCUGUCUUGGCCAGCGUUAUUCUAAACUCCCCUCCUUUGUUCUGCUGUGACUUGAAAGGGAUUGAUGUUGUGGUUCCUUACUUUAUUUCAGCUCUUGAAACCAUUUUGCCUGACAGAGAACUCUCAAAAUUCAAAAGCUAUGUAAAUCCAACAGAACUAAGAAGAUCCUCCAUUAACAUCCUACUUUCUUUGUUGCCCCUCCCUCAUCAUUUUGGCACAGUCAAAUCUGAGGUGGUCCUGGAAGGAAAGUUUAGUAAUGAUGACAGCUCUUCUUAUGAUAAACCGAUAACUUUUCUGUCCCUGAAGUUGAGACUUGUGAAUAUACUAAUAGGUGCCUUGCAAACGGAAACGGACCCCAACAACACCCAAAUGAUACUAGGGGCAAUGUUAAAUAUUGUUCAAGAUUCUGCACUCUUAGAAGCCAUUGGUUGCCAAAUGGAGAUGGGUGGUGGAGAAAAUAACCUGAAGAGUCAUAGUCGCACUAAUAGUGGUAUUAGUUCAGCAAGUGGUGGAAGCACAGAGCCCACAACUCCUGACAGUGAGAGACCUGCUCAAGCUCUCCUGAGGGAUUAUGCUCUUAAUACAGAUUCAGCUGCUGGGCUCCUGAUUCGCAGCAUUCAUCUCGUCACCCAAAGACUCAAUUCCCAGUGGCGGCAAGACAUGAGCAUAUCACUGGCAGCUCUAGAGCUCCUCUCUGGCCUGGCAAAGGUGAAGGUGAUGGUUGACUCAGGAGACCGGAAGCGAGCCAUCAGUUCUGUGUGCAGCUACAUUGUGUACCAGUGCAGUCGGCCAGCUCCUCUUCACUCCCGGGAUCUGCACUCCAUGAUAGUGGCAGCUUUUCAGUGUCUAUGUGUCUGGCUGACAGAGCACCCUGAUAUGCUUGAUGAAAAGGACUGUCUUAAGGAAGUACUGGAGAUUGUGGAACUGGGUAUCUCAGGAAGUAAGUCCAAGAACAGUGAGCAAGAGGUCAAAUACAAAGGAGAUAAGGAGCCAAACCCUGCAUCUAUGAGGGUAAAGGAUGCUGCUGAAGCCACCCUGACAUGUAUUAUGCAGUUGCUUGGUGCAUUUCCUUCACCCAGUGGUCCUGCCUCUCCUUGUAGUCUGGUGAAUGAGACCACUCUGAUCAAAUACUCCAGGCUGCCAACUAUCAACAAGCAUAGUUUCCGGUACUUUGUCUUGGAUAACAGUGUUAUCCUAGCAAUGCUGGAGCAACCUCUUGGAAAUGAGCAGAAUGAUUUUUUCCCCUCUGUCACUGUGCUGGUCCGGGGGAUGUCUGGAAGACUUGCUUGGGCACAACAGCUUUGCCUUUUACCCAGAGGAGCAAAAGCAAACCAGAAGCUAUUUGUGCCUGAACCUCGCCCAGUUCCUAAAAAUGAUGUUGGAUUUAAGUAUACUGUGAAACAUCGGCCAUUUCCUGAAGAGGUGGACAAGAUACCUUUUGUGAAAGCAGACCUGAGUAUUCCAGAUUUGCAUGAAAUUGUCACUGAAGAAUUAGAAGAGAGACAUGAAAAAUUAAGGAGUGGCAUGGCCCAGCAGAUUGCUUAUGAGAUACACCUUGAGCAGCAGAGUGAGGGAGAGCUGCAGAAGAGAAGCUUUCCUGACCCCAUUACGGAUUGCAAGCCCCCACCACCUGCCCAGGAAUUUCAAACAGCCCGCCUUUUCCUCUCACAUUUUGGAUUUUUGUCUUUAGAGGCAUUGAAGGAACCUGCAAAUAGUCGUCUACCUCCUCACCUUAUUGCACUUGAUUCCACGAUACCUGGGUUUUUUGAUGACAUCGGAUAUCUGGAUCUCUUGCCAUGUCGUCCUUUUGACACAGUUUUUAUUUUCUAUAUGAAGCCAGGUCAGAAAACAAACCAAGAGAUUUUAAAGAAUGUGGAGUCUUCCAGAAAUGUUCAGCCACAUUUCCUAGAAUUUUUGCUCUCCCUUGGCUGGUCGGUAGAUGUGGGCAAACACCCUGGCUGGACAGGACAUGUUUCCACCAGUUGGUCGAUUAACAGUUGUGAUGAUGGGGAAGGGUCUGAACAAGAUGAGGUAGUUUCCUCUGAAGAUGCUGGGGCUAGCAUUUUCAAUGGACAAAAGAAGGUGCUGUAUUAUGCUGAUGCCCUGACGGAAAUAGCUUUUGUGGUUCCUUCUCCUGUGGAGUCCUUGACUGAUUCAUUGGAAAGUAACAUCUCAGACCAGGAUAGUGACUCAAACAUGGAUCUUAUGCCAGGAAUUCUGAAACAGCCAUCCCUGACACUUGAGCUUUUCCCCAAUCACACAGACAAUCUUAAUUACUCACAGAGGCUCAGUCCCAGUUCCAGAAUGAAGAAGCUGCCUCAGGGUCGCCCUGUGCCUCCUCUUGGACCUGAGACAAGAGUUUCUGUGGUCUGGGUAGAACGCUAUGAUGAUAUAGAAAAUUUUCCCCUUUCAGAUUUGAUGACAGAGAUCAGUACUGGUGUGGAAACUACUGCAAAUAGUAGCACUUCUCUGAGAUCUACAAAUCUUGAAAAAGAAGUUCCAGUUAUCUUCAUACACCCUUUAAACACUGGAUUGUUCCGGAUAAAAAUCCAAGGAGCCACUGGAAAAUUUAACAUGGUCAUCCCUCUUGUGGAUGGGAUGAUAGUCAGCCGGCGAGCACUCGGCUUUCUGGUGAGGCAGACUGUAAUAAACAUUUGUAGAAGAAAGAGACUGGAAAGUGACUCCUACAGCCCACCACAUGUCCGUCGGAAACAGAAAAUCACCGACAUCGUCAACAAGUACCGUAACAAGCAGUUGGAGCCAGAGUUUUAUACUUCACUUUUCCAGGAGGUUGGACUCAAGAGCUGCAGUUCUUAGACCACUGUCUGUCUAGGACAGUUGAACUCCAGUGUGGGGACUGUAAUAUCAAAGCAAGACAGUUUGAUAGGUGAUCACUGUAAAAAUAAACAAAUCACUCCCCAAGAGUUUGCUGUUUAAUCACCGGAAUAGAAGAAACACAUUGUAAACCCAUUGGAUAGAAGACUUUUGGCUUUCUAGUGAAAUGGGCUCCCAGACACAAUCAUAUUCCUGCUGGUAAUGACGAUAAACAUUUUAGCCAUAAACUUUCUUUUAAAAGUGACAAUUUUAGUUAAAUAUAAGCCUUUUGAGGAGAAAGGUUUUUAAUGCAUCUCAGUUAAACACAUGUAUUGGUAGUAUCAACAAAUUUGCAAAUUAGAAAUUGAAGAUAGUUUUAUACCUCACUUUUUAGGAGGUUGUAUUCAAAAUCAAAAUCUGUCUCACAAUCUUCCAGGAUACUUACAGGCUUGUGCUGACAGAAUGGAGGAGAAGGAAAGGAGUCUCAGCCUUCUGCUCACUUGUAGGUCCAUUUGUCAUCCAACUGUCAAACUGACAAAAAGAAAAGAACAUAAAUGUCUUUGGCUCAGAAGUCUGACAUUAACAUAUUCCAUAUUUUCUCUCCAUAUUUAAACAAGCUGCCAUGCUCAUCACUACUCAGAUCUCUCUGAAGGCCUCAGUUCCUGAGUGGACAGAUUACAAUGGAGGCUCAGCCUUGUCCUCUAAUGGAGAUACUAAAGAAGUUUGUGGGGUUUCAAAGCUGUCAGACAGCAGUGAUGCCUCUACUCUCCAUUAUUUGUCUCCAUCUUGGCAACAAAAUAACAGCUUAAAUAUUUGUGAUUCUUGAUUACAUAUCAAGAAAUAUAAAUUCACAACAGGGUUGAAAAUUAUUUAGUUUCAUCCAUUAUCUCUUAUUUCAGGACCAAGCAGCAAACUGUAAUAGUUGAUGAAGGAUUCUCAUUUGGGGUUCAGGAAGUAGCCUCUCAAUGCUACUACUUCAGAUCUUUUCUGGAAAGCUCGUGGAUUACAUCAUGAUUGGCAAAUGUUAGUGGCUACCUCCUUGGGCAGAUGCUGUUAAAAAUGGCUGUCUUGCUGUCAGGACUUUGCAGCUAAAGGCCCAGCAAAUCCCUGCCAGAGUUUUGGAAAUAUUUCUGUUACCUCGCUGCUACUUUUCUGCCAGGGAUAAAACUUUGGAGGUGGCCAAACCCAGAUGCAGACCAUCCUUACAAGGAUUCCUGUUAUAGUGCUAUAGUAUAUACCAUUCAUUUCUCCUUUUUUUGUGUGUGCUUUCUUCUUUAGCAAGAUUAUUUUGUAUGAAGAAAAAUAAGUGACAUUUGAAGUACAAAGAAUAGUGAUCAGAGUUGUUCAAGGAUAUUUUUCCACUUGCACUCUAAUGUUAUUAGGUUCUGUAGGUCAGGGCUACACUGGCCUGUCUGGCUUGGUGUUUCAGUCAUUUUCUUAGAGGGUCAGGGGUAGUGUAGGACCUAAUUCCUUGCCAGACAACUAUCCCAGAAGUAUGCAUUUUGCCACCUCUGAGCAAGAAAUGUGGGCAUAGCAGCUCUUGGUCAUAAGUUGGCCACACCCUUUUCUUCCUUUUUGUAAGCUCAGGUAAAGUUAACCUUCCCCUCCUCCUUCUAUUACUCUAGUUUCUAUUCAGGGUAUAAUAUUAUUUAAUAAUUGGUUUUCUUUUUGAGCUGGGCAAUAAGUUGAUGUUUCCAGAUGGUAUGGGAGGAAGGGAGGAAUGUGUGAUAAAGAUUUAGUGAUUUAUACUCUAAAAAUGAUUUAGUAGCUCAGCAAGAAUAAGGUAAGGCUUAAUAACUUUAAAGGAAAUAUCAGAUUGAUAUUUCAUGGGAAAAUGAUCCCUUGUUCUGGUUGAAGUAAACAAAGAAGGCCAUAAA